GGGCCAGGAGCCGCUGACUUGGGGCCGAGUCGACGGACGCUGUGUAGGCCCAGACGGGCCCUCUCCUCCACGCCCUCUCUCCUCUUGGCGCCGCCGGGACGCUGGCCGGGACUCCGUUUCCCAGAGGGCGCCGCGGCUGACGGACGCGCUCACUUCCGGCGGCGGCCCGCCACCUGGGUUCCAGCUGGCCAGGCAGGGUGGUGGGCUCGGCGGCCGGCCGGGCGGGGCCGGCUGGGUGCCCGGCGUGCCCGGGCGGGCUGGGUGUGUUUUCGCGACCCCGGGGGCGUGUGCGCGCACGGUGGUGACAUGCGGGGGACGGCGAGCGCGCGGGCCCGCGGCCUGGGAUCCCCACCGCAGCGAGACGUCCCCCGCACAAAGCUCGGAGCGGGCCGCGGCCGGAGCGCGGGGACCCCGGUUGCUUUCCCUUGCCCCGCCCGGGGAAGGCCGCGCGCAAGGCGUGGCCUCACAUCCAGGGGCCAGCGGGGAGCGGCGACCACGGGGCCUGAGAAUAGAGCUCUGCCUUCCAGGGACACGGCCUUUGUCCAGGUGAGGAGACACAAGCAGGAGGCGGCAGGGACAGGAAUUGAACGGCAAGCCACCUUCCAGAGCUUGGUGACAUUUGGGGAUGUGGCUGUAGAGUUCUCCCCAGAGGAGUGGGAGUGGCUGGACUCUGCUCAGAGGAGUCUGUACAGGAGUGUGAUGCUGGAAAACUACAGGAGCCUGGUCUCGCUGGGACUUUGUGUUUCUAAGCCCAAAAUGAUCUCCUCACUGGAACAGAGGAAGGAGCCCUGGGCGGCGAAGAGAACGUUGACAAGAGGCGGGUGUCCAGACUCAUGGGCUCUGCCAAAGACCAAGGAGUUAUCUUCAAAGAAGAGCUUCUGUGAAGAAAAGUCAUCCCAGGCGGUGCUAAUGGAGAGGCCCACAACCUACAGUCUGGAGUGCUCCGUUCUAGGGGAAGACUGGGGUUACAGUGCUGUGUUGGAGAGGCAUCUGGGCUUGGUGACCAUCACGAACAUGGCCGUAGACGUCUCCCAGCAGCCAGACCCAACUCGGAAGAGUUUCUGUAAGAAUGUUGUGUGGGAGGACCACAAUCUGGGGGCAGUAGGCCAGCAGUCUAUACAUGAGACCCAGGAGUUAUUUCCGAAGCAGGAUUCAUUUGCUGAAGUGGUAACGGACAGAACUUCAAACACUAACCUAGAGAGUUCCACUUUAAGAGGAAGCUGGGAUUCUGAGGGUCUGUUUGAAAGGAAGCUGGCAGGUCAGAAGACACAAUUCAGGCAGGAGGCAGUCACUCACAACAAAACCCUCUCUAAGGAAAGAGAGUGUCCGUAUAACAAAUCUGGAAGAUGGUUCCACUUGGACAUUUCAGAAGAGAGAGUUCACCGCUGUGAUUCAGUUAAGAAAACUUUCUCCCCAAGUUCAGUGGUAAUAAAACAUGCAGGGAUCUAUGCAGGAAAAAAACUUUUCAAAUGUAAUGAAUGUAAGAAAACCUUUACCCAGAGCUCAUCCCUCACCGUGCAUCAGAGAAUUCAUACUGGAGAGAAGCCCUAUAAAUGUAAGGAAUGUGGAAAGGCCUUCAGUGACGGCUCAUCCUUUGCCCGACAUCAGAGAUGUCACACCGGCAAGAAGCCCUACGAAUGUAUGGAAUGUGGGAAAGCCUUCAUACAGAACACAUCCCUUAUCCGUCACUGGAGGUAUUAUCACACCGGGGAGAAACCCUUUGACUGCAUCGACUGUGGGAAAGCCUUCAGUGAUCACAUCGGACUCAAUCAGCACAGGAGAAUUCAUACUGGAGAGAAGCCCUACAAGUGUGAUGUGUGUGACAAAGCCUUUAGGUAUGGCUCAUCCCUGACUGUCCAUCAGAGAAUUCACACAGGAGAGAAACCGUACGAAUGUGAGGUGUGUAGAAAAGCCUUUAGCCAUCAUGCCUCACUCACUCAGCACCAAAGGGUGCAUUCUGGAGAGAAGCCUUUUAAAUGUAAAGAAUGUGGGAAAGCCUUUAGGCAGAAUAUACACCUUGCUAGCCAUCUGAGGAUUCAUACUGGUGAGAAGCCCUUCGAAUGUGGGGAAUGUGGUAAGUCCUUUAGCAUCAGUUCCCAGCUGGCCACCCAUCAGAGAAUUCAUACCGGAGAGAAGCCCUAUGCUUGUAAGGUCUGCAGCAAAGCUUUCACCCAGAAGGCUCACUUGGCACAGCAUCAGAAAACUCACACAGGAGAGAAACCCUAUGAGUGUAAGGAGUGCGGGAAGGCCUUCAGCCAGACCACACACCUUAUUCAACACCAGCGAGUUCACACAGGAGAGAAACCCUAUAAGUGCAUGGAAUGUGGGAAGGCCUUUGGCGACAACUCCUCCUGCACUCAGCACCAGAGGCUUCACACUGGCCAAAGGCCCUACGAAUGUAUUGAAUGUGGGAAGGCCUUCAAGACAAAGUCGUCCCUCAUCUGUCAUCGCAGAAGUCACACUGGGGAGAAACCUUACGAAUGUAGUGCGUGCGGCAAAGCCUUCAGCCAUCGGCAGUCCCUUAGCGUCCAUCAGAGGAUUCACUCUGGAAAGAAACCGUAUGAAUGCAAGGAAUGCAGGAAAACCUUCAUCCAAAUCGGACACCUCAAUCAGCACAAAAGAGUGCACACGGGAGAGAGACCCCACAACCAUAAGAGAAGCAGAAAGGUCUUCAGGCAGAGCACACACUUUGCACAUCAGAGAAUCCACACUGGAGAGUCACCUGCACGCCCCUCUUUACCUGCUACAUCAAAUCCUGUGGAUCUGUUACCCAAGUUUCUCUGGAAUCCACCCUCACUCCCAUCAAUAUAGUCCUGAGACAUUGUGGCUCAGAUAGACCACUCCAGCUGUUUAAAACCUGUUCUCUCUCUUUCUGUCUAUUCUGUUCUUGUCCUGUACAAGUUUGUUCUUCACACUGUUGCAGUUAGAACGUGAAGAUUUUUGUUUUAAGUGAAAAUAGAAUUCAUUUACUCCUCAUGUAAACACUUAUGUUGAGAUCCUUCAUAUUGAUUAAUGCAUAAGAUGUGUGUAGCACAAUGGCUGGUCCAUACUAAGCGUUCAGUAAUGUUAGCUCUUUUAAAAACAUUGUUUUCAGACAUUGAAAAGUUACCAUAGGCAACUCUGACUGAAAAUGAUGCAUAGAAUGAAGCUAAGAGAAGCCGGAUAUUAGAUCAGGAACAGGCGUUUCAAGACAGUGAGGCUUUGCCCGUUCUGGUUUAAAACUUGAUUCCAUAAUGUUGAGUUAGUAUUAUAGCUUUUCAUUUAUCUGCAUAAAGUGUAAGGUGCUGUGACCUUGUUGGUGAGAAAAUUACAUCUGACAACAGUCUUAGAAAGUGUGUAGAGAACAUGGGUGAGGAGGCCACCUGGAAGAAAAGAACUGAAACAAUCAGAGGAGAAGACAAGGUUCACCUGCGUACAUUUAAACCUUCUGACAUGUAUUAGAAAAUUUGGCAAGAUUUGAUCAUUUAAAGUCACCUGGGCUUAUGCGUGAAUUCCAUUAAAGUUUCAAAGGACCACUAACCUUGAGGCAGACUAAUCUUGACUAUGACUCAUGGCCAGAGCCUCACUGACUGUUUCGUAUGGCCCAUGAUCUGAAUUUUAAAAAUUAUUUUAAUGGAGGAACAAGUGAAUAGAAUAAUAGCUUAAGACAACAUGAAAAUUAUAUGAAAUUUAAAUUUCAGUGUCCGUAAAUAAAGUCUUAUUGGCUCACAGCCAUGCUCAUUUGUUUACAUAUUGCCUAGGGCUGCUUUCACUCUACAAUAGCAGACCUGAGUAGCUGCAACAAAGACAGUAUUGCCUGCAAAACUUCAAAUAUUUACUCUCUGUCCUUGUGCAGAGAAAGCGUGCCGACUCCUGCUCCAGUGCAGAGAAAAAUACACAAAAGGUUCUAAUUAUUUUUAUGAGGAUAAUACAACUCUCCCAUCAAAAACAAGAAAAACUAUAAAGCAACUUAUGAAUAGAGGUGAAAGAAUGUUAUUAAACUGUUGAACAAUAGGAAAUGUCAAUAAAAAGAAAUACUAUAUUUUUCUAGAUGAAGUAAUACUGUUAAAAUGUUUGUAAAUUGUCACUCCCAACAGAGUCUCAGUAGGAUAUGUUUGCUCUGACAGUUUUAGCUGAAAACCACACAAGGAAGGAUGAUUUGUCAAACAUAGCAGGACAUUUAAAAAAUGUUUUGGUGGGACUUCCGUGGUGGUCCAGUGGUUAGGACUCUGUGCUUCCAUUUCAGGGGGUGCGGGUUCGAUCCCUGGUGGGGGAGCUAACAUCCCGCAUGCUGCGUGGUGCGGCCAGAAAAAAAAGAAAAAAUCGUUAAAAAAAUGUUUUGGUAUAUAAUAAGAUUAGCGUUUCAUUAUUGGGGAAAUGAUGUUGUAACAAUUGAUUAUCCACUCUCCAAAAAGAGAAGCAUACCUAGACCUUACAGAGAAAUAUAAUACAGUUGUAUUUAUCGGCUCUAAUUAUGAAAUAAUAUGUUAGAGGCGAACACAGAAAGGAGGAAGGCUUUAUUGAGUAGGACAUGGAGCCCUGGAAGACAUGAAGAGAGUAAGCUGGCCUGUACAAAGAUUUAAAUAAACUUCGAUAUGGUGAAACGUGUCAAAAAAGAUGUAAGAGGCAACUGGCAGAAAAUACAACACAUAUGAAAAAAUACGUCAUUUAAGAACAGAGUGCUAUGACACAAAGCAGUCGGGGAACUAGGCAGUGCUUACCAACAGGCGUGUCACAGUGGAAGAACUCGAAUAAAGAAAAUUUGUUAGGUUCUUAACCUUGUUGCUCAGAAAAUUACAGAUUUAAAACGAAUCUUCUUGACUCGCAGAUGGAUUAAAAUCUAAACUGCAGUUAAUUUCCCAUACUAGUUAUUGUGGGAAAACAGGAGGUUGUUCAUCAUUACCAGUGUAGAUUUGUCUCCUCCUGUUUGGGGUGGCAAUAUGGCAUGACCUAUCCACACUAUAAAUAUGCAUUCCUUUUGAAAUAGUAAUUCUAGAUCUAGGAGUUUCAUCCCAAUGGAAUAAAUAUAUAGAUAUAAAUAAUGUUUAUUGCAAAAUCUUUUUAAUUACAAUAAAUAGGAUUUCAGUAUCCUGCCAAGCAGAUUGAUUAAAUUGUGAUUAUUCAAUACAGUAUUGUCCAGUUAGCAGAGAUUAAGCUCUACAUAUGCUCCUAUGGAGUAUUGUCUGUCUACAAUAUAUUAAAUGCAAUAUGUGAUUUGCAGAACAUUAUGUGUAAAAUAAUCUUGUAGUCAUAGAGUCAAAAUUAAUAUUGAAUAUAUAUGUGUGCGUGUAUAUGUGUGUGUUUGUCUAUAUAUAUAUUCUUUUCAGUAUAUAUGUUGAAAUCUGUUUUUGUCUUUAACACAUGCUUUUCCUAGCUCUUUGUUGUCACUUUGCCUUCAUUCUGUAUUGUACUGUUGGACUGCCAGUCACACAUGGCUCUAAUUAAGCCAGUCAGGUUUUUCAUUCUUUGUAUUUUGACCGGAGACAUGGGGCAAAUAUUAGGCUUUAUGUAUGGGCCAUAAGGGAUGUUUUCUUUUAGUAUUCAUUUUGAUUGGUUGGGCCACUUGUUGUAACAGCUAUUAUAAAGAUAUGGAACAUCACUCCUGGACUGCAAAUAGGUGGAAUUGAGUCAUCCUUUGGCAGCAGCCUAAAGAUUUCUGCAUCUCUACCUGUCUGAUCCAUUAAAAUGAUUCCUGCAUCCUCA